AUGUCUUCCCCCAUCACUGCGGCCCGCUACGGCAAGGACAAUGUCCGAGUAUACAAGGUCCACCGGGACGAGAAGACAGGCGUCCAGACCGUCGUCGAGAUGACCGUCUGUGUUCUCCUGGAGGGAGAGAUUGACACCUCUUACACCAAAGCCGACAAUAGCGUCGUCGUCGCCACGGACUCCAUCAAGAACACGAUCUACAUCCUGGCGAAGCAGAACCCCGUGACGCCGCCGGAGCUUUUCGGCUCGAUUUUGGGCAACCAUUUCGUGACCAAGUACCCGCACAUCCACGCGGCGCACACCUCCAUCGUCACGCACCGGUGGACGCGCAUGACCAUCGACGGCAAGCCGCACCCGCACAGCUUCCUGCGCGACGGCGAGGAGACGCGCAACGUUCAGGUGGACGUGGUCGAGAAGGCUCAAAGCAUCGGCAUUGACAUCCGCUCCUCGCUGGCCAAGCUGACCGUGCUCAAGAGCACCAACUCGCAGUUCUGGGGCUUCUUGCGCGACGAGUACACCACCCUUCCGGAGACCUGGGACCGCAUCCUCAGCACCGACGUCGACGCCACCUGGCAGUGGCAGAAAUUCGCGGGGAUCGAGGCCGUCCGCGCCGCCGUCCCCCGAUUCGACGCCACGUGGGCCGCCGCCCGCGAGAUCACCCUCAAGACCUUCGCCGAGGAUAACUCGGCCAGCGUCCAGAACACCAUGUACAAGAUGGCCGAGCAGAUCCUCGAGCGGCAGCCCCUGCUCGAGACGGUGGAGUAUGCGCUGCCCAACAAGCAUUACUUUGAGAUUGAUCUGAGCUGGCACAAGGGUCUGAAGAACACCGGCAAGGAUGCCGAGGUGUAUGCGCCCCAGGGUGGUCCCAAUGGUCUCAUCAAGUGCACCGUUGGUCGCAAGUCCAAGGCCAAGUUGUAG